AUGUCUUACUUCCGAAUCACCUUAAUACGAUCUGCCAUAGGUCUGCCUGCGAAAUCCAGCAAUGUUCUCAAAGCCCUGGGACUCCGCAAGCGCAUGGCGACAGUUUUCCAUCCUGUCACACCAUCAGUAGCCGGUCAAAUCAUGAAAGUGAAAGAGCUGGUUGCCGUAUCUGAAGUCGACAAGCCAUUGACGAAACAAGAGGUUCACCAAGAACGAGUCCCGGAUACAGGGUUCUAUAUCGAAGCUCGCGCCGCCGACAUGAGACGGAAUUAA